AUGAGCUUCCCAGGAGAGAAUGUCGAGUUCUGUCCAACACGGGCAAGCCUGCAUUGGUCCCAGGCCCAGUAUGACAAUGUCGAAUUUGCCGAUUUUAACCAGUUGCAGGUCGCUCAGUAUGGGGAUGUCAAGUACUUCCAGCAGCAGCCCGACUCGGACGAUGAAGGUGCCAAUGGCGUAAAUGGUGAAGGUGAGCGCCCUGUGUGA